AUGGAGCUCAUGGUGACCAGUGUCCUUGUCACAAACAUCUUCCAGUUCGGAUGGUGGAGAUGCAAGCAGCGCUCGGGCGAGCUGACCCACUGGCAAAGGUGGGAUGCCGCAUACUACCUGGGCGCCGCCGUCCCCAUGAACAUCGGGAUGCCUUUGGCAGUGGUCCUUAUCUACAUCGGCGAGUGGGGCUACCCAGGCUCCAAGAUGUGGCAUUCCGGCAGCUGGAUGCCGAACACCGUACACGGGGUCACCCUCUACAUCUUCAAGUGGCUUGGGGUGAUUUUUAUGACCAUCGGUGUAUUGAAAGCUACGCAGCUUCACACCAAGAUCAUGAAGAAGUGGAGGAAGCUCCGCGGGAGGGACCCGCCAGCCGAGGUUGCUCCCAGCGCGUAG